CACGCCGAGGCGAGGAGGUUCUAUCCGGGGCCUUGGCGCUUCUCUUUCCUUUCGCGCCGGUUGCCGCUGCUGAGCGUGGCGGGUACAUGUGCGCAGUGAGUGGCGCUAUUUCUGGCUCAGAAGCACCGGUGUCCCGGGUUUGAGCGACCGCGCCGCGAUGGAUCCCAAUACCAUUAUCGAGGCCCUGCGGGGCACCAUGGACCCAGGUCUGCGCGAGGCUGCGGAGCGCCAGCUCAAUGAAGCACACAAGUCUCUGAAUUUUGUUUCAACACUGCUCCAGAUUACUAUGUCAGAACAACUGGAUCUACCUGUGAGACAGGCAGGUGUUAUUUAUUUGAAAAAUAUGAUAACACAGUAUUGGCCUGAUCGUGAAGCCACACCAGGGGAUAUAUCCCCAUACACUAUUCCAGAAGAAGAUCGACAUUGCAUUCGAGAAAAUAUUGUAGAAGCCAUUAUCCAUUCACCUGAGCUCAUCAGGGUACAGCUUACUACAUGCAUUCAUCAUAUCAUCAAGCAUGACUAUCCAAGCCGCUGGACUGCCAUUGUGGACAAGAUUGGCUUUUAUCUUCAGUCUGAUAACAGUGCUUGUUGGCUGGGAAUUCUUCUUUGCCUUUAUCAGCUUGUGAAAAAUUAUGAGUACAAGAAACCAGAAGAACGAAGUCCAUUGGUAGCAGCAAUGCAGCAUUUCCUGCCAGUUCUGAAGGAUCGAUUUAUCCAGCUGCUUUCUGAUCAGUCUGACCAGUCUGUCCUUAUCCAAAAACAGAUAUUCAAGAUUUUCUAUGCACUAGUUCAGGAAACACUUCAAGUUGAAGAAGAUGAUAGACCUGAGUUACCAUGGUGGAAAUGUAAGAAAUGGGCCUUACAUAUUUUAGCAAGACUUUUUGAAAGAUAUGGAAGCCCUGGGAAUGUUUCCAAGGAGUAUAAUGAAUUUGCUGAAGUCUUUCUGAAGGCCUUUGCUGUUGGUGUCCAGCAAGUUUUAUUGAAGGUGCUGUAUCAGUACAAGGAAAAGCAAUAUAUGGCUCCUCGAGUUCUACAGCAGACAUUAAAUUAUAUUAAUCAGGGAGUUUCACAUGCCCUUACCUGGAAGAAUCUGAAGCCUCAUAUACAAGGCAUUAUCCAAGAUGUUAUUUUUCCGUUGAUGUGCUAUACAGAUGCUGAUGAGGAACUUUGGCAAGAAGACCCUUAUGAAUAUAUACGCAUGAAGUUUGAUGUGUUUGAAGAUUUCAUUUCUCCUACCACUGCUGCCCAGACGCUUUUGUUUACAGCCUGUAGUAAGAGGAAAGAGGUACUACAGAAGACUAUGGGAUUUUGUUACCAGAUUCUUACUGAACCAAAUGCUGAUCCUCGUAAAAAGGACGGAGCCUUGCAUAUGAUUGGCUCUUUAGCUGAAAUCCUCCUGAAGAAAAAGAUCUACAAAGAUCAAAUGGAAUACAUGCUGCAAAAUCAUGUAUUUCCUCUCUUCAGCAGUGAACUAGGCUACAUGAGAGCAAGAGCUUGCUGGGUACUUCAUUAUUUUUGUGAAGUGAAGUUCAAAAGUGAUCAGAACCUCCAAACAGCUUUGGAGCUGACAAGAAGAUGUCUGAUUGAUGAUAGAGAAAUGCCUGUGAAAGUAGAAGCUGCCAUUGCACUUCAGGUCUUAAUCAGCAAUCAAGAAAAAGCUAAAGAAUACAUCACUCCAUUUAUCAGACCUGUAAUGCAGGCUCUUCUUCAUAUUAUAAGAGAAACAGAAAAUGAUGAUCUUACCAAUGUUAUUCAAAAAAUGAUCUGUGAAUAUAGUGAAGAAGUUACUCCUAUUGCUGUGGAAAUGACUCAGCAUUUGGCAAUGACAUUUAACCAAGUAAUUCAGACUGGACCAGAUGAAGAAGGAAGUGAUGACAAGGCAGUUACUGCUAUGGGAAUUCUGAAUACAAUUGAUACACUUCUGAGUGUAGUUGAAGACCAUAAAGAGAUAACCCAGCAGCUCGAGGGUAUCUGCUUACAGGUCAUUGGGACUGUUUUACAACAGCAUGUCUUAGAAUUCUAUGAAGAGAUCUUCUCUUUGGCACAUAGUUUGACAUGUCAGCAAGUGUCUCCUCAGAUGUGGCAGUUACUGCCUCUUGUUUUUGAGGUUUUUCAGCAAGAUGGCUUUGAUUACUUUACAGACAUGAUGCCUCUUUUGCAUAACUAUGUAACAGUUGAUACAGACACACUUCUAUCUGAUACCAAGUAUCUUGAGAUGAUAUACAGUAUGUGUAAAAAGGUUCUUACUGGAGUUGCAGGAGAAGAUGCAGAAUGUCAUGCAGCAAAAUUGUUAGAGGUCAUCAUUCUACAGUGCAAAGGGCGUGGCAUCGAUCAGUGUAUUCCAUUAUUCGUGGAAGCAGCUUUAGAGAGACUGACAAGAGAGGUUAAAACAAGUGAACUGCGAACAAUGUGCCUGCAAGUUGCUAUUGCAGCAUUGUAUUAUAAUCCACAUCUACUACUCAACACCUUAGAAAAUCUUCGCUUCCCUAAUAAUGUUGAACCAGUUACAAAUCAUUUCAUCACACAAUGGCUUAAUGAUGUUGACUGUUUCCUGGGGCUUCAUGACAGAAAGAUGUGUGUUCUGGGCCUUUGUGCUCUUAUUGAUAUGGAACAAAUACCACAAGUUUUAAAUCAGGUUUCAGGACAGAUUUUGCCAGCAUUUAUCCUUUUAUUUAAUGGAUUAAAAAGAGCAUAUGCCUGCCAUGCAGAACAUGAGAAUGACAGUGAUGAUGAUGAUGAAGCUGAAGAUGAUGAUGAAACUGAGGAACUUGGGAGUGAUGAAGAUGAUAUCGAUGAAGAUGGCCAAGAAUAUUUGGAGAUUCUGGCUAAGCAAGCAGGUGAAGAUGGAGAGGAUGAAGACUGGGAAGAAGAUGAUGCUGAGGAGACUGCUUUGGAAGGCUAUUCCACAAUCAUUGAUGAUGAAGACAACCCUGUUGAUGAGUAUCAGAUAUUUAAAGCUAUAUUUCAAACUAUUCAAAAUCGUAAUCCUGUAUGGUAUCAGGCUUUGACUCAUGGUCUUAAUGAAGAACAAAGAAAACAGUUACAAGACAUAGCAACUCUGGCUGAUCAAAGAAGAGCAGCCCAUGAAUCCAAAAUGAUUGAGAAGCAUGGAGGAUAUAAAUUCAGUGCUCCAGUUGUGCCAAGUUCUUUCAAUUUUGGAGGUCCGGCACCAGGGAUGAAUUGAGUUACUUUCUUUCCUGCUGUGUGAUUGUAGUGAAGAGCUUGUGUUCCUCCUAGUAGUGGUUCCAGAACUGGUUCAUGUUAUCUACUCUACUAAUUGAUCAAUAGAUGAACAAAAAACCCCAGGAGUGGGACCUGAUCAUGCAACCUGGCACUGGACGAGAAACUAGAGGGAUUGGGGGAGGGGUUAACUUGGGGGGCUAUUUUCUUUAUUUUUUGAAGAAAGUAAGAUCCUGACUCUGAAACUUCAAGUGACACUGUGGAAAUCUGAAACGAGGGGAUGUCAUGAAGGCAGCUUUUCUUUUUCUAAGGAAAAAAACAGGCAUGGGCUACAGGACUAUUUAAAAUGUCUCAUUUACAGUAUAAAGUUCAAAGAUAGAUGUAAUUUUUACACCUAUGGGUAUUUGUCGGAUUUCUGUCUCUUCCUUACCAUUGGGUAUCCUCUAUGUGUAAAUAAGAUAAGGUAAUCAGAUAACCUUACUCAGUCUUCAUUUUCAUUCAUCAGAUUGUUCCUAUGUAGAUUGGACAUUUAUUGUAGCACUACAUAACUGAUUUAAAAAUCUGUAAAUGAAUUAGCACUUUCAUAUUGAAACAAGCCUGCUAGCCUAUGUAUAAAAGCAAAACUGUUUGCUGUUUAUAAAAAGGGAUAUAAAGGGUGGGGGGCAGGGGUAAUUUCAGGUUAAUUAUUAAUUUAAAAAUGAACUAGCAGUUUUGUACCUGGUAACUUUGUGGUGCACUCACCUCUGGUAGUGACUUGAAUUCGGUAUGUAAAAAGGGGUUAGUGAGAAUUCAUUGCUGCUAAAAAUGGCAACUCCCUCUCCCUCUGUGUCUUUUGUUUCUUUCCCUUAAAGCUCUCAGUGUACAAGUGGACAUUUGGAUACAAGACCUUAUGUAACAAAGGUGAUAUCUGAAGCAUGUGAAUUGGAGAUAAAAAUCUACUCUUAAAGAGUUGAUCUAGAGUAUGGCUAAACAUCUAUAUAUGCAAUCUAUUAAAAGAACUUAAUUCGGCAAUUAUGUCUUGAUGUGAUUGCAGUUUUGUUCCUAAUUCUAAUCCCCAUUCCCCUUGACCUAUUGUCCUGUACCUAGAAACGAGUGUAAAAUGCACUUAGGAUUUAACAUGAAAUACCCGCCCACUCCUCUUUCCUCUUCUCUACCCCUCUUAUGGUUGUGGUAUCCGAUUGUAACUGCUUAGGCUGAAGGCACAUGGUUCGCUCUCAAAAACCACUAUUGAUACCACUGCAAAAAAAAAAAAAAAAAAAAA